UUCCCUCGCACUUGGUUUUUACAAAGCCCCGGCACACUCAAACACGCACCACAAUCACCACCACCACCACCAACACAGCACACACACUCAAGGAGCUUGAGUUUUAGACAGAGAAGGAGAUCAGAGAAGCAAUUUCCGCCAUUAAAUGCUUCUCAGGAAGAAAACGUGACCUUUCUCCUUUUACACGGAUCGACAGCUUCAACAUCUUGGCAUCAUCAAGAACCAAAUACAGGAACGAGUAAGAGAGGAAUGGAGCUUAGUAAAGUAACGUUGGAGAUCUUCUCGAGACUGGAGCAGAAAUGGCUAUCUCAUUGUGAAGAUAAAAAAACCAGAAUUCUCAGCAUUGAUGGUGGUGGAACCAAAGGUCUCAUAGCAGGAGCGGCCUUAAUCCAUCUCGAAAGCCAGAUCCAAUCCAAAACCAGAGAUUCUCAAUCUCGAAUCGUCGAUUUCUUUGACGUUCUUGCCGGCACUGGAAUUGGUGCCAUUUUCGCCGCAAUGCUGACUGCCGAUGACGGCAACGGCCGACCACUCUACACCGCCAGAGACGCCGUCAAAUUCGUACAGGAAAAACACUCUGAGAUGUUCAAGAUCAAGCAUGAAGGGAUUCUCCGGCGCCGGCUAAGAUUUUCCUGUAAGAGCAUCGAUAAAGUCUUGAAAGAAGCGUUAACUAGAGAUGACGGUAAGGUUUUGACGUUAAGGGACACGUGUAAGCCUCUCCUUGUUCCUUGCUACGAUCUCAAUAGUUCUGCUCCGUUCGUCUUCUCCCGUGCCGACGCUUCAGAGUCUCAAAGCUUCGAUUUCGAACUUUGGAAGGUCUGCCGUGCCACGUCAGCAACUCCGAGCUUAUUCAAACCGUUUCAUCUAACCUCCAUUGACGGAAAAACGUCGUGUUUGGCUAUUGACGGAGGUCUCGUCAUGAACAAUCCAACAGCGGCUGCCGUUACUCAUGCCUUACAUAACAAACGGGAUUUCCCAUCAAUUAACGGCGUUGAAGACUUGCUCGUUCUAUCACUAGGUAACGGUCCGUUGAGCGGUCCCUCUCUGUCACCAUUAGGACGGGACGGAGAAUGCUCUACAACGUCGGUCGUUGGCAUUGUCCUCGACGGCGUCUCGGAAACCGUCGACCAAAUGCUCGGGAACGCUUUCUGUUGGAACCGUACGGACUAUAUGAGAAUCCAGGCUAACGGCUUUGUCUCACGAGAAGUGGAGCUUACAAUUGAUGGGAUACUAGAAGAGAGAGGAGUGGAGUCCCUACCGAUUGGUGGGAAGCGGUUGCUGACGGAGACUAACGGACAGCGAAUCGAGUGUUUCGUGCAACGCCUUGUUGCUUCGGGAAAGAGUAGCUUACCGCCUAGUCCUAGCAAAGAAAUCGCCGUUAGUCAUCUGGUUAAUGGACGUUAAUCGUGUUUUUUCUCAACCAUGGUUUUGUUUUUAACCUCAAGUUUACUUUAAAGUUUAAACUGUUCUGUCGUUAGAGUUAAAUUCCUCUCUCUCUCUCUCUCUCAACCAUGGUUUUGUUUUUAACCUCAAGUUUACGUUAAAGUUUAAACUGUUCUGUCGUUAGAGUUAAAUUCCUCUCUCUCUCUCUCUCUCUCUCUCUCUCUCUCUCACUCUCAAGUCUCAACCGAUUCUCUUUCUAGGAUUGAUGCAACUACAAUGACUUCAUCCCAACAAUUUCCAACUAACUGUGAUUGGAACUCCUGCUUUUGGGAUUCAAGGUAGAUAACCUAAUGCAGCUGAUUUAAGACCUGGUUCUUGGUUGUUGGUGGUUGGCACCGUUUGAAGUAUGGGAAAGAGAUUUGAGGACCACACGGGCAUUCAUCUCACCCUUCAUUGUAUUAUUGGUCCUGUUGUUGUUGUUGUUCAGUGAAGAGUGAUGAAUGGUACACCGCGAAAUUUAUUUGUCGAAUUGGAAUAAUCCCUUUCUUCUA